AUGUCAUCACAGCAGCCUCGGACAGAGCUUGAAGGUCUUGAACAUACCGAUCGAUCAACUGCAGAGAAUACCAAAAACACUCAAAUACCACUCAACGGUGGUUCGACUCAGUUGCCUCAUACCGAUUACAGGUAUGAUGAAGAAGCUGUAGCAACUGGCAGAUACAGGAAAUAUCCCAGUGGCGUAUUAGGUUUGGCGAAAAGAGGAAUGGACGUUUUAGUUGAACACGGUGUUGAAGAAAGAGGUGUCGAACCUCGACCAGAAGAAGAUCGAGAUACACUCACGAUCUGGUCUUAUCUGCCUCAAACGACAUUAUGGGCAGCAUUCAAUUUCAAUAUAUUAUCAUUUUCAGAAGGUGUCAUUGGACCUGCACUUUUCGGAUUAAAUUGGCGAGCUUCAGCAGCGUGUAUCAUUUUAUUCACUCUGGCUUCCGGUAUACCGGUGGCUUAUUGUGCCACCAACGGACCAAAAACAGGUAUGAGACAAAUGGUACAAGCUAGAUAUGGUUUAGGAUACUUCCCCGCUAUGAUCUUCGGCUUGUUCAAUUGUGCUACUAUGAUCGGUUUCAUGUCUCUCACCGCCAUCUUAGCUGGACAGUGUCUAUCGUUAGCAUCAAAUUCUACGAUGAGUAUCAACGUUGGUAUAGUCAUUGCUGCUCUUAUCGCUUUGAUUCUCUCUUUUGUUGGUCUCAAGGCGUUACAUAUAGUAUCUUUAACGACCUUCCCAAUAAUGAUAGUCGUCUUCUUAGCUCUCACGGGACUUUCAGGCAGCCAACUUCAUUUAGCAGUUGCCGAAGCCGCUUAUGAAGCUACAGGCGUAUCCGCUAGUGGUAUAUUAGGUUAUGGAGCUAGUUUGAUUGGGUUUACAAUCACAUACUCCGCUUUGGCCAGUGACUUUACGACUUCAUUACCUGCUCAUACACCCCGUUUACCGCUUUUCAUUUGUGUCUACUUUGGUCUCACAGUUCCGAUCAUCACAAUCACAUUACUGGGUGCAGCAUGUCAACUAGCUUCAUACUCUAUCAUGUCUUGGGCCGAAGCCUCAGAAAUUGGUGUACCAAACUUGAUCUUUGAGAUCACAGGUGGUGGUGGUGGUGCAAGAUUCGUCAUGGUUCUGUUCUGUUUAAGCGUAGUAGCCAAUACUGCUCCUACGAUUUACUCCGCUGGACUAAGUGGUCAAGUAGCCAUUCCUUUCUUGGUUAGAGUCCCCCGAUAUUUCUUAGCUGUCAUAGUAACAGCGAUCUACCUCCCCAUCGCAAUAGUAGGAGCAUCAUCCUUCUACGUAGCGUUAGAAAACUUUUCAGGGGUAUUAUCAUAUUGGACAGCUUUAUAUAUCCCACCAACAUUGAUUGAACCUAUGAUCUUCAGAAAUCCAGUCAGCAGGAAGUCGUUCCCCGUUGAAAUCUGGAACAAAGUUGGUAAAUUACCUAUAGGAUUGGCUAGUAUAGCAGCUGCUGCAUGUGGUAUCCCGGUCGUCGUUGCUGGAAUGUCACAAUCUUGGUGGACAGGUUGGAUAGCACGGAAAAUCACUACAGGAUCUGGAGAUGUAGCUUUCGAAUUAGGUGCAACAGUGGUCACACUUGUUUAUCUGCCUGCAAGAUACCUAGAAAGGAAAUAUACGGGUCGAUAA